GGGAUUAGCAGUCGGGAUGAAGAUCAUCUUCAUCUUCAUCUUCAUCUUCCUCCUCUCCCAUAGUGACGCGAUGACGUCAGAGAGGAAGAAGAUGGCGGCGGUGCUGAAGGCGGAAGGUAAAGAGCUUUAGCAGACUGCUGUGUCUCUAAACACGUCUCUGUGGGUGUUUGUGUGGAUGUUUCACAGUGUUUUUGUUUCACAUUAGUGCUGUUUAUGUGACAUUAUAUCUCCAGGGAGCAGCGGAGAGUGUCUGCGCCGGCUCGGUCCGGUUUAAUCCGGGGUUAGCUCUGCUCUCUGCGGUCUUUUAAAAACGGUGUUAGCCGCCGGAGCAGCUCCAGUCAAACUUCACAUUUACAUAAAAUAUCGUGAAUAACCCGGAGCUGUGAGGGUGGGAGUGGGCAGGUGUUCGUGUACGGACGGCCUGUCUGUCGUUUCACAGAGCUGUCGUGUUGUUUAACCAGCUAAAGAUGUAACAUUUGAUGAGAAGCGUCAGAGCUUCAGGCCGGAGAGGAGCUCCGGGAGGCGGGCAGAGCGGUCAGGCGAGCCCGCGGUCUGAGCGCGGCCUCCGUCUGUGUGGGUGGGUGGGUGGGAAGGUGUGUGAGAGUGGGAGAAUCACAGCGUGGAUCAAAACACUGAACACCGAGUCAGAUUAGUGUUAAAAUCAGCGACUAUUUCCCGGAGUUUUAAUCUUUAAAUUUAACUAUAAAAACAAAAACUCUCUGAUUUCAGUCUGCUGUAAAAAUCUGACAUGUUAUGUAACCAGUACACACACUUAUACACACACACACACACACACACACACACACACACAGACAUACAGUGUCAGCUAUGAACACACACUUUCUCACACUCUCCAUUUAAAGUGGGUGCAAAUUCAGUUGUUGCUAGGCAACAGGGAGCUAUGAGGAGCCGGGCAGUUGGGUUCAGUGUGUGUGUGUGUGUGUGUGUGAUGCUGGUGUCCUGUUGCAGACCUUGUUCCAUAUUGAUCAGAUUGUGACUUUGUGUGUUGUCUUCACGUCUUCACGUGUGUGUGUGUGUGUGUGUGUGUGUGUGUGUGUGUGUGUGUGCGUGUGCUCGCUCAGCGGGGCAGUGCGGGAGGCCGUGCGUCGUCUGAGACUCUUCCUGCAUGGACUCGCCACCAUGAGCAACAAGGAGAUGGUUUCCACAGAGACAGGUCAGUCCCCGCCGCCGCCGUCAUCGGCUCGUGAGACACCAUUACCUGCUCGGUCCACACACACACACCUGCACACACGGUCACGGACAGGUUGCCAUGGUAACUCAGCACUGGCGAGGAUGUUGCCGCGGCUCCUGGCUGUGAUGUCACUGGUUUUCUGUCUGUUUGUUGUCUGUUAGUUACUGACUGUGUUUAAAGACACACUAGGCGACUAUCUCAGGUGUGUUUUGACCUUUAAUGUGUGUGUGUGUGUGUGUGUGUGUGUGUGUGUGUGUGUGUCCACAGAAAACAAAGGACAGAGGAAGGUGUUUCUUCCUAAUAAGCUGUUGGAGUGUCUCCCUCGUUUGUCCGGUCUGCCUAAAGAGCGCCUCCGCUGGAACACUAAUGAGGUGAGUGUUUGACCCGGACAGACCGCUCUGACUGACCCUCCUCUUAGAUCAGCGUCAACUGUUAACUGCUUCACUCAACAUGAAGAGGGCGACCCUGACUGAACAGAACCAGGACCGACCCACUUAGAGAGCCGCGUGUCAUCUUUGACAUUUUAGACAGAGAUGGACCACUGUGGGACGACAACAGUGGAGGGGGCUCCCGGAGCGAGGGCAUGACUGCUGGGUUCUAGAAUAUCAGUGUUCCAGACUGUCAGGGUUCUGGAGUGUCAGUGUUCUAGAAUGUCAGGGUUCUGGAGUGUCAGUGUUCUGGAGUGUCAGUGUUCUAGAAUGUCAGUGUUCUAGAAUGUCAGGGUUCUAGAGUGUCAGGGUUCUAGAAUGUCAGGGUUCUAGAAUGUCAUGGUUCUAGAAUGUCAGGGUUCUAGAAUGUCAGUGUUCUAGAAUGUCAGGGUUCUAGAAUGUCAGGGUUCUAGAAUGUCAGGGUUCUAGAAUAUCAUGGUUCUAGAAUGUCAGGGUUCUAGAGUGUCAGUGUUCUAGAAUGUCAGUGUUCUAGAAUGUCAGGGUUCUAGAAUGUCAGGGUUCUAGAAUAUCAUGGUUCUAGAAUGUCAGGGUUCCAUAUUGUCAGGGUUCUAGAAUGUCAGGGUUCUAGAAUGUCAGGGUUCUAGAUUGUCAGUUCUAGAAUGUCAGGGUUCUAGAAUGUCAGUGUUCUAGAAUGUCAGGGUUCUAGAGUGUCAGGGUUCCAUAUUGUCAAGGUUCUAGAAUGUCAGGGUUCUAGAAUGUCAGUGUUCUAGAAUGUCAGUGUUCUAGAGUGUCAGUGUUCUAGAAUGUCAGGGUUCUAGAGUGUCAGGGUUCUAGAAUGUCAGGGUUCUAGAUUGUCAGGGUUCUAGAAUAUCAUGGUUCUAGAAUGUCAGGGUUCUAGAAUGUCAGGGUUCUAGAAUGUCAGGGUUCUAGAAUGUCAGGGUUCUAGAGUGUCAGUGUUCUAGAGUGUCAGUGUUCUAGAAUGUCAGUGUUCUAGAGUGUCAGUGUUCUAGAAUGUCAGUGUUCUAGAGUGUCAGUGUUCUAGAGUGUCAGGGUUCUAGAAUGUCAGGGUUCUAGAAUGUCAGUGUUCUAGAAUGUCAGGGUUCUAGAGUGUCAGUGUUCUAGAGUGUCAGUGUUCUAGAGUGUCAGGGUUCUAGAGUGUCAGUGUUCUAGAAUGUCAGGGUUCUAGAGUGUCAGUGUUCUAGAGUGUCAGGGUUCUAGAGUGUCAGUGUUCUAGAGUGUCAGUGUUCUAGAGUGUCAGGGUUCUAGAAUGUCAGGGUUCUAGAAUGUCAGUGUUCUAGAGUGUCAGGGUUCUAGAGUGUCAGUGUUCUAGAGUGUCAGUGUUCUAGAGUGUCAGGGUUCUAGAGUGUCAGUGUUCUAGAAUGUCAGGGUUCUAGAGUGUCAGUGUUCUAGAGUGUCAGUGUUCUAGAAUGUCAGGGUUCCAUAUUGUCAGGGUAGCGACCUCACUCUGCUGUAUUUUACUGAACACACUGCUCGGGUUGGGCACUGUUUGAAUUUAAAUGAUUCUGAUUCCUCGUUCCGAAAGAUUCUCUAUUCCGAUUCUUUUAAAAGGCGGGAAAUUAAAGAGAAUUCACGGUUUUAAUGAAGACGCUUCUUCAUAAACUUUUCAAUUCUAAUAUCUUAAGAACUUUACUCUGAAUUUCUCUUCCCCCCUCUCUCUCUCUCUCUCUCUCUCUCCCUCUCUCUCUCUUUCUCCCUCUCUCUCUCCCUCUCUCCCCCUCCCUCUCUCUCUCUCUCUCUCUCUCUCUCUCUCUCUCUCUCUCUCUCCCCCCCCCCCCCCUCUCUCUCUCUCCUCUCUCUCUCUCUCUCUCUCUCUCUCUCUCUCUCUCUCCCUCUCUCUCUCUCUCUCUCGUCCUUGUCGGUGUUCAGCGGCCGUUUCUUCCGGUCGGUGGACUCCGGCAUCGAAACUUGAAACUAAAACUGAAAUUUUAAGGUUUAAACGGUUCCGGGAGAAUCAGAAUGUUGGUCCUGGUUCCCAUCGAGACUCAAGACCUGAGACCCUUCACACCGCAGACUCAGCUGGUCUUCAGAUCUUAGUGGGACUAACUCUCUCUCUCUCUCCCUCUCUCUCCCUCUCUCUCUCUCUCUCUCUCUCUCUCUCUCUGUGUUCUGUCCCUGCAGGAGAUCGCGUCUUACCUCAUAUCAUUUGACAGACAUGACGAGUGGCUCUCCUGCACCUUAAAAACCAGGUACACACACACACACACACACACACACACACACACACAAAACCACAGCACACGCCUGACAGACAGAGCUGAGGGCGCCACACGAGGACGCCGUCCUCUGAACCUCUGUGUGUGUGUGUGUUUCCUCUCAGGCCGAAGAACGGCAGCAUCAUCCUCUACAACAGGAAGAAGACGAAGUACAGGAAGGACGGGUACUGCUGGAAGAAGAGGAAGGAUGGAAAAACGACAAGAGAGGACCACAUGAAGCUGAAGGUCCAGGGCAUGGAGGUCAGCUCACAGACACCAUCAAACAUCUCCUCAGUUAUCCAUUCAGAGAAAACCUGAAUUGACCGAGUUCAGCUUCAGGAUUUCAGGAGUUUCUGAUUUUAGUUUCUUUGAUCCGGACCGCUCUGCUGUCCUGGAUCAGGAUCGGCUGAACCCCUCAGAUCCACCAGGACCGUCAUCUGUAGUUCAGGAUCUCAACACUAGGUGUCACUGUUGUCUGUCCACAUGAAUCAGUGCGUUGAGUGAACUGAUGAUCAGCCCCUGAGUUAACCGAUCAGCUGUUAUCUCUGACCAGAACCAGAGCGGGUCAGGAGGAGUUCUGAUAGAUUCUGCUUUUCAAAAUAAGAGCCUGAGAGUUCUGACUGUGACGGUCUGCUGCUGCUGUUGUUUCAGUGCCUCUAUGGUUGCUACGUCCAUUCCUCCAUCGUGCCAACAUUCCACAGAAGAUGCUACUGGCUGCUGCAGGUGAGAGCGCACGCACGCACGCACACACACACACACACACACACACACACACACAUCAAUCUGACCCGGUUUCAUCAUCGUUCUUCUCUGUGUGAAACAGAACCCAGACAUCGUUCUGGUCCACUACCUGAACGUGCCGUCCCUGGAGGAUUCUGGGAAAUGCAGUCCGCUGCUGUGCACGGUGGCCGACCGCCAUGACAGCGUGAGGUGGAGCCGAGACGACCUGCUGAACCAGCUGAAGCCCAUGUGUGAGUUUUUAAAACCGCAGUCAUGUAUGUGGGACGCUGAGUAGAAAACGUAGAAAUACAGCAGUCUAGAAUGUCUAAACCACCUCCUAUGAACAUAGAAAUACAGCAGUCUAGAAUGUCUAAACCACCUCCUAUGAACAUAGAAAUACAGCAGUCUAGAAUGUCUAAACCACCUCCUAUGAACAUAGAAAUACAGCUGACUAGAAUGACUAAACCACCUCCUCUAUGAACGUAGAAAUACAGCAGUCUAGAAUGUCUAAACCACCUCCAAUAAACGUAGAAAUACAGCAGUCUAGAAUGACUAAACCACCUCCUCUAUGAACGUAGAAAUACAGCAGUCUAGAAUGUCUAAACCACCUCCAAUAAACGUAGAAAUACAGCAGUCUAGAAUGACUAACCACCUCCUAUGAACAUAGAAAUAUAGCCGACUAGAAUGUCUAAACCACCUCCAAUAAACGUAGAAAUACAAAAAUGAGACAUGACAAAAAUGAGACAUGACAAAAAUAAGACAUGACAAAAAUAUGAGACAUGACAAAAAUGAGACAUGACAAAAAUAAGACAUGACAAAAAUAUGAGACAUCAGGACUCUGAGACAUGACAAAAAUAUGAGACAUGACAAAAAUAUGAGACAUGACAAAUGAGACAUAAGAAUUUGAGGUGAGACAUAAAUAAGACAUGAAUCUCAAAUAAGUCCAGUUGUCCUUUCAACAAAGAUCUAGAAAUCAUAGAUGCUGCAUCCUCAGAGUAGAUUAUCUUUAACACUCUUGCUGUUGUCUUUGGGACACUUCUGUGUGUGUGUGUGUCCUUGUCCAUGUGUGUGUCUCUGUGUGUGUCUCUGUGUCCAUGUCCGUGUGUGUGUGUGUGUCUCUGUGUGUGUGUGUGUGUCCAUGUGUGUGUCUCUGUGUCCAUGUCUGUGUGUCCGUGUGCAUGUGUGUGUGUGUCUCAGUCCACAGUAUGAAGUGUUCGGUGGGUUCAGGAGAUUUCAGUAUCGAGGAGCUGGUUCAGCACAUUCUGGACCGACAGAGAACCAAACCGCAGCCGCGCACACACACCUGCCUCUGCAACACCGGCGGCCAGGGUAACGCACCUUUAUGAUGACAUCACAGCGGGGUGGGGGCGGGGCUUACUGACAGCCUGACCUGAGUGUGUUUUUGUGUGUGUUAGUGUCUUCAGGUGUGAACAUUCCUCACCGCUGUAACAGCACCAAACAUCGCAUCAUCUCCCCCAAACUGCCGCCCUCCUCCUGCAGACCCGCCCACUCGCCGCUCUCUGAUGGAGGGGAGGCGGGGCGAGGAGGAGGAGGAGGAGGAGAAGCGAAACUGCCUCACCUGCAGACUCAGAGCAGCCCGGCCUCGUCUCCCUGCCCGACCUCCACGUAAGUGUCGGACGAUCUGAUUGGACGGUGAGCCUGUAGGGACAUUUUUAACGUGUUUGCUUUUUUGUUUUCUCUCUUAGCUCCGCCUCUUCUCCCCCGCAGCCGCACAGAGCGACCAUCACUGUGGGCGGCCACGGCGGCGGCUUCUACAAAGACCGCCACGGCAACCUGGCCACCGUGGCUCUGCCCCAGAACGCUGUGAUCGUCAUGGCGACGACGGCAGCCGUGGGGGGCGGAGGAGGUGGAGGGGGCGGAGCCAGAGGGGAGGAAGCGGGACAAGGGAGGAGCCUCUCGCUCACCCAUUCUGGACAGUUACUCCUCUCCCCUGCUCUCCCCCCUCCAACAGGGAAACCCGCCUCCCCCACGCCUCCUUCCUCCUCCUCCUCCUCCUCCUCACCUGCUCCCCCCGCCCUCCCCCCUCCCAACGUCCAGGCGCCGGGUGUGACCACUCUCUCCCUCACCCUCCUCCCCUCCCCCGUCAUCGGAGGCCUGCUCCUCACCCCCUCCUCCUCCUCCUCCUCGCUGCGUUCCCCUCCUCCUCCUGCUGUCCCCUCUCCUCCCUCUCCUCCUUCCUCCCCCUCACCUCCCCCGCCUCCCCAGUCUCUCCCCCCUGCGUUCGACCCUGACGCUUUCCUCAACUCCCCCAAACAGGGUCAGACUUACGGCGGCCCGCCUCUCUCCUCCUCCUCCCCCACUCCCUCCCCGGUCCUCUGCUCCUCCUCCCCUUUCUCCCCUCCCUCUCUCGCUCUCUCUCUCUCCCCCACCUCCACACCGCCCUCCUCCGUCUCCCCUCCUUCCUCCCUCUCCUCCCUUUCCUCCUCCUCUUCCUCUGAUGCAGACAGAAGAGACUCAGCCGCCGCCCUCCCCUCCUCCUCCUCCUCUUCCUCCUCCUCCUCCUCCUCUCUCCCUCCUUCCCUCUCCCUCACCCUGUCCCCCACCUCCUCAGUCACCCAGCCUCUCCUCCCCCUCUGCCUAGAGCUGGGCGCUCUGGGGGAGUCUGAUUCAGGGAGGGAGGGAGAGGAGGCUGGAGGAGAUGAGGAGGAGGAGGAGGUGAAGGACAGGAGAGCAGCUGAUGAUGAAGAUGAUGAUGAUGAAGGUAGUGCUCCUCCCACCAAACUGGCUCUGCUGCAGGUGAGACUCUCUCAGGUGAGGGGGGAGAAACUUGUCAGAAACUUGUCCUCAUCUGCUGCCUCCUCUUUCUGUGUCCUACAGACAAGCCACACCCCUUCCACCUCGUCUCCACGGCAACAGGCAGGAAGUACGACCGCUUCCUUACUUUUGGUCUGCCCUGAUGCUACGAGCCGGCCCGGUCAGCCGGCCAAUCAGAUGCAACAGGAAGCUGAAGGUCAGCAGCUGGUCG